UGCCUGGGAAGUUGCGCUGUCAUCGGGCGGGUGGUGGCCCUUCGCUAUGCCGGCCAGAGAAGAAGACAUGGGGAUGGGAUGGGACGAGAUGCGAUGCAGAAAAUAGAGCCAGCGAAGAAGCCGAGGUGGACCGCGUGCCGAUGGGGGCAUCCGCUAAUCCCCCAAAUUCCAGCGAAGCUCAUCAAGACCGGAUCCCUCUCGCCCGGUAUGCAUCUCGCGCAAAGACAGAGAAUGCGGAAGCGGGUGACGGGCAUGAGAGCUUCGGGUGACACCGGCUCUGCGACGAGCACAUGAAUAUUAUUCCAGUGACAGGCAAGGCUAAAUGACUCACACCGUCCGCAGAUUCCUCGGAAGUCAUCUCGGAAGGUCAGCGCGCAUCUUCGGAAUUCCGAACGUCGGAAAGACCUCUGAAAUGGUGCACUGGACCACGUCGUGCGAAGAUCACUGGGUAACACCUCGCUCAAUGCCACGCGCUGGCGUGAGGAUGGCUGACGUUCCCUCGCGCCACCACCCAGCAGCGGUCCAGACCUCCCAGCCCUUGUGCAAAAUAGGAAACUGACAUAUCGCGCAUCCGGCUAGAGAGUCUCUGCGCGCGUGGUGCUUCCACGGCGCCACCGAUUGUCAUUGUCGAGAAUCUCG